AUGGAUACGUUAUAUGGACGACCACCAGUGAAUCCACGCCGUGUGGAAGAGGUUCGAGCUCCUACACCAUUCAAAGAGACGGUCUCAAAAAUUCUAAUUCUUCAAUCCCCACAGUGGCUCACAUCAACUCUUGCGCCAACUGGAGAUAGACGAAGCUGGAAUUCUUCUACUAUAUCUAUUAGAUCUUCCAGUAUUUCAACAUCAACUUCAACAUUCUCGGUUGCAUUCUCAACACUAGACGCGGCGACAAGAACAACCACAACUUUUGUCACUGCCACCGCGACCCUGGGGACGACAUUAUCUACAUCUGUAUCGAAUAUUCAGACGUUCCAGACACUUUCUAAUCCUACGACUUCAUUUCCAAAUACUUCGACGGCAUCAAGGCCAUCUUCAGCAAGCUCUCUUGUUUCGAGCUCCCCAGUCGCUGGCGUAUCGGGAUCACUGUUUGUUGCAAUUACGUCUGUCUGUGGAUCGAUCGUCAUUUCAGCGGUCUUGAUCAGCAUUUGGUGUGCAUAUCGUAAGAAAAACAUUCGACUCAGACAUGAUAUCCCACAAGAACAAGCGGCUACUCUCACCAAAUCAGGCCUGUCUUCCUCUCGUUCGAGUAGCUCCAUGUUCUGCGCUGCACCAAUUUACGAUUUAUCGACCGAGCCAUCACAUAAUACAUACGAGCUUGAAGUUAUAAGGCGAAAGACAGCAUUAUCACUGGUGCAGGGUCAGAACCUAGUACCACCAAGGGAGAAUGCCUCGUUUCUCUUCGGAGAAUAUAUCAUUAGUUUUCUCACCAAGACACCAAACAAACCUCAAAUUAAUAAAUUAUAUUUCGCAUUUGUUGUAUUAUUAUACUUCACGUCUAUGAACCCAGGAUGGCCGAGAUUCUGCAAAAAUGCAGGCGGUAAAACGUUGGUCUGA